AUGUCUGCACUUAUGAAAGCCUAUGAAGAAUGUUUUAGAACAUCACUUUAUAAUAUUACGAAAAAAGAAAGCAGUAAUUUAUGUAUUUACAACAUCGAAAGCCAAAGCAGAGAAUUCAAAAUCUUAAAAACUUCAAUGCAGCUAGACUUUUAUGCAUGCGUGGCUCAGCUUCCAAAUGGUAAAUUAUUCUGUUUUGGUGAUUUUCCAGUUUCUGGUAUAACACUGUUAAUUGAUUUAAAUGGUGGAAUCCAGCAGUUGCCAUCUGGAAAUAAAAUUUAAUAAAUUUUUUUUAUCAAUUUUGUACUUUUUCCUGCACUUAUAUUUUUUUGAAAUUUUGACAAUCUAUUUUUUAUUUUUUCAUUGCGUUAAGCAAAACCGAAUAUAAUAGUACCCAUCUGGAACCCCUUGCUUUAAUUCAUCAGCUAUACUUUUUUAAUGAGUAAACAUUUAUUGAAUCUCAUUGCAUAAUAGCCUUUUCUGCAAAAACCAUUUUACUAUUGAUCAAAUAAAUGAUAUUCUCUGUUAAAAAGUUGCAACAUACUGCCAAAUAGUUGUUUAUAUGAUAUACUAAUUGGAUAAAUGUAAGUUUCGUGAGGUGUGCACAAAAAUUUCAAAUAUACUAUAUCUAUUUCAACAACAAUAUUUAUUGCUUUGGGGUAA